UGUGUGUGCGCGGAGCAGCGUCUGGCGCGCGCGGAGCGGACUGCGAGACGCGGCACGUAGGACGAGUCGCCAGCAGCUCGUUAUCUCCGUCUCGCGGGCGAGCAAGGACUUGGCCAGCCGCGCCGUGUGGCCCGUGUCCGGAGCAGGAAGGGGACCCUGCCGCUAUCACCGUAUAUCGGUGCUACGUCAGUGUGUGCGCGCUCGCUCGCCUUUAUCGCCACAAGUGCUGGCGCCCCGGCUGCGCUUCAGUGAACGCGACAGCUCCGUGGCAGGCUGGUAUUGUGCGCGACCGACGUGCAAAGUGCAUCACAGCUGGAAGUGAACAGUGAAAGACAAGUGCUAACAAGUGAAGUUACAGUGGUUGUCGAACAAAAAAAAAAAAAGGAACAGUGUAGUGUCGACUGUGUUGGAAUUUCCCGAGCUCGCUGGCGAGCAAUCCACAGUGCGAUAAAAAAAAAAAUUACACUGACCGGUGUGUUGUAUAGUCUCGUAUCCCCUGUGACGACAGAUGCUGGGCGAGACAAGUGCGUGACAAAUAACGGUUCCGUCUGCCGUCGCUUCUGGGAACUUUGUACCCACACACGUACUGCCUAGGAUAUACACACGUACACAGUCAUCGCUCUACUCCCAGCGAGCCACGACUCCACGAAAAAGGUGUCGCGGGCACGGCGAGAGCGAGUGGUGUCCAGCCCCUACGCCUCCAGCAGCAGCCGCCCCCAGCCUCCGCCCCCAGCAGCUGCCACGGCUGCGCAGCCAACAUGAAAGUGAACCAGACUCCCGACGACCAGCUGCCGCUCAUGUUCGGCAGCAGUGGAACGCGCUUCGGCUCCAAGUCGCGGCCGACCAUGAUCUCCGCCAAGUACCGGCUCAAGGAGGAGCGCCGUAAGGUGCUCAAGAUAUCUAUCGGCAAGCUCAAGAAGAUAGAGGACCCCGAGAGCUCGCUGAGGCGUUCUGUGCUCAUCAACAACACAGUCAAGCGGUUACAGAAGGAGGCACGCGAGGAGAAGAUGAUGAAGCAGCAGGUGCUGUACAACACUACCAGUAGCUGUUUCCUGGACGAUCCGGAUCCAGUCACGGCUUCAGCGCCGACAGCAACUACUACGACAACUCCCACGCUGACGGAAGCUCCUGUCGUGUCACCUCUGACAACCGGUGUCGUGGACCCACUGGUAACCCCAGCUUCCCCAGCUUCCCUCGCAGUAGUCGGCACUGUGACUACCGUACCGUCCCCGAGUGGUGUCGAUCCGUCUUCGGCCUCGAUCACUUCCGUCGGCAGCAUAUCCGGUACCUCGGCAACGGCGCCGACUGACAGCCGGAAGAGGCCACUCCUGGAGGACGACUGCUGUGACGUACUCAGCCAGUUCUACAUGCCACCCACACCACGCAUGCUCACCUCUAUCGACGACGAGGACGAAGAUGACGAUGUCGUGGUCAACGUGGUGGACGUCGAGCCGCAGUCGGCGGACCCCGCGGCUACGGCUACCGGGACGUCAGCCGCACCUACCGGUGACCCCACUUCGAGCCCCGCCACCUCUCCGGUCAACUCCCGGGAGCUGUGCAGUCCCGCACCGGCAAAGAGGCCCAAGUUCGAGGUGGCCAUCGAGGUGCCGGACCCGGCCACUGCGGAACUGGAAAGGCGACUCUUUUCGUGCGGGGGUGACGACUUGCGGAACAGCACGUGCUGCUGGUCCGCGACCACCGGCGUCCCCAGGGUACCCGCGCCGCACGCCGACGAUCUGCGGCUCAGGUUUGCCGACAGCUCAAGGCCCGCGUCCUCUGGCAACUGCACCGAGUCCUCGGCAGCAGAACAGCAGCAACAGCAACAGCAGCAGCAACCGCAGCAGUACUCUUGUGGGCACGCGUCCAUUUUCGGAGAGAUCCAGUCUGUCGUCUUCCACAGCUUGAUCGCCUCACUCGAGUCAUAACGGCGAAACUCUGGUGACGUGGAAUUCGGUGGCAGCCCGAGUGACUGUCAUAGAGAACUGUUCUGACGGUUGCUGUGUUGUAUUGGACUCCUUUGAGACUGCACCUACUCCACAGAAAAGAAAAUUUGAUGUGCCGUUUGCAAAGGCCACGUGCACGUAAGUGGAGCAGGGUCGUUUGGCAAGCUAGAAAGUGUCUUUCGAACAGAUACAACUGUCGACAACUGUGGAAAGCCGAUACUCGAGGGGACGUGUGAGACCGAACUCUCGUGUACAGUGCUGAGCUAUGUGAUGCGGAGUUUGGUUAGUCUCCUUCCUGUAGUGAAUUUCCUACACUGUAACAUUAUUUGUCACAAAUAUUGUGGGGUGGAUUGAACGGGAGAGAAAAACACGUCCACAUAAAUAGCCUGGUGGUUAGGUAUUGACUUCCAAGUGGUUAACAUUUGGAUCUUGUCGAUACUGUGCUCCAAAAAAAUGAGAUAAAAACUAGCGGCCCUUGUCUAGAUCUUCUGUGAAAUCACCACUGUCACACCUUUCCCAAUUUUAUUUUAUCCUUUUGACAUAUUGGGAUUAGAUAAAAAAAAUACUGUGGUGGGCACAGAAUGUUAAAGGCAACUAAGUCAAUAGCAGUUUAGUUAAUGAAGGAAAGACUUCUUUAUAGAACAUUUAAAGGAAAUUGGUUUGGGACGUUCUUGAGACAUUUUGUGGACGAAACAGGCUGUGUAAUGUACAUAAAUGAUAUAUAUAAAAUAUAUAUAUAUAUAUUUUAAAUUGUUCCACAGUUCUAAGAACUAUGUCUAAACAGCCUGACUGUGCUGCUAGAAAGGCAGACUUUUUUUUUUUUUUAGAAAUCAUCGUGUCAUAUGUCAGUGUUCAUAAAGAGUGAGGAAGAAAGUAUGUUUGAGGGGCCGAAUACAAUGCAUUUCAUCUAAAGAAAAUGAGAUAUAUGGAUUUAAUAAAGGCUCAGUAUCUACAUAUUAACUUGCACUUGAUUUACUGUGCUCACUGUAGUGUCUUUCUACGAUAGAUUUUCCGGAUACUGUUUCAUCUGUUGGAAAAUCUUCUGAUAAAUGGUAGGAGCACAUUUAUCAUAGCUUUCCUUUUUCACACAGUCUGUCAAAUCAUAAAUUGUCUUUCUCUAAGGAGUUCCAGAAGUGCGCACUGUAGGCAAUGGGGAGCAAUUGGUCAUUACUUGCACAUUGCUGUUGUACUCCCUCAAUGAACACAGUAAUAUUCUUUUUCUUUUUUUUAAAUCUCUGUCGAAUGAUGCAGGCACUACCAUGAUUGUGCACUUUAAUAUUAUGAUUAUUUUUGUUGGUAUCUACUGGCACUAGGAAAUCAAAAUUUUUGUGGCAUUGUGUGUAUUAUUAAGAUAACAAAACAGUUUCCCUGGGCUCCUUUAGUGAAGUGGCUGUAUCUUUCAUGUAGAAUGAGAACAUGCAGUUUGUCUGCAGGCUGUAGCUAAUAUUUCUCCUACGAAGUUAUCUGCUCAUAUAAAGACUGUAUGAAGAAAAAUAAAAAAUCAACUAUUUAUUUUCAAAAACCGAGCUUUUCGUAGAUCGCUAUUUGUGCUAUGUAAAACUGUGGUUUAUUGAAAGUACUAGUUCUGAAACUAGCACUUAAUCCUUCUUAUCUGAAUGAGCUAUUUUUUACUACCAUUAUAGAUCAAUAUAUAUAUCAUAAACAUACUAACAUCUCGGUAUUAUUUUGGGUAUGCGAUGCUCACAGCUGCCAGAGUGUUAACUAUUGUUGGUGAUGCUAAAUGUUGUAAUGUGUUCCACUGAGAAUUGUUAUUAGAUAUUUUGCCGUAUCUAUUAGGAGUGUUGAUGGAAAUGUCCCACAUAACAUUCUAUUCGUACAUAUUUGGCAUUUAGUGUACCCGAUAAAAUUGAGUUCAUGCGUCAUUUGUAUUGAGUGCUAUUGACCUGCAGUCUUUGUGACUUCCAUAUUGUUUCCAUAAUACUACAAAUUGUGUCACUGUAGCAUGGUUCUGUUAAACAAAUUGUGUUGGUCAUAUUAUCAGUAGGUGUUCAAAAAUAUAAUGAGUGUAUAAAAUUUAUUUUGAGGAUUUCUUUGCUUUAUUUAAUUUUUUGUGUAGAAAAAUAAGAAACUUAAUGUAGAUUCAGAGAACUGCUGAGUACAAUGUACAGAAAGGCUUCUUAGACACCCCAAACUAUAUAUCCCAAUCAAGGAACAGAUCGAUCCACUAAGUAAUAAUCAGUGUUCAUUUUGUGGGUUCACACAGAAGACCAAUAUGUCAGGGACCAUUCGAAUAUUUUUGAAAUCAUUAUCAUGAAAUUUAGAUAUAUCUAGUAUAUUUGGUAUCGGAUGCUUAAAAUGAUCUGCUACAAAACAGUUUCAGAGUUUUAUAAUUAUCGCCCAAAAUAUGUAUUUGUGGAACACUUCCUUCAACACUUCUCUCCAUUGAGAUCUCGACUUAGCUAUUUGACACAGCAUUUCUUGUGGGAUGCCAAAACAAAUAAUACUGACAUGUAAAAACCUGUAUAUGUAACAUUUUUGUCAAAGUGUGUCUGUGAUAUUCUAUAACCAUCUUUAAUUCUAUUAUGUCAGUCUGGGUGAUGUCUUGUACUUGGCAGUCAAUGUAAGAGACAUGCCAGUCAUAACCACAGCACAGUUGCAGAUAAGUCUAAUUGUUACCAUUAUUGUUUUGAAACAUCAGUGUAAAGAAAGGAAUACACUGAAUUAGUACUUCUACCACUGCUGUCAAAGCAGUAACGUAGUAUCCGUUCUCAAACUGCAGAAUUUUUGUGCUUUUCAACUCAACAAAGCUGUGAUAAAUACAAUUAUUUUUACUGCAGUUAUUUAAUUCAAAUAAUUUACAGUAGAUACUGACUAGACACCAGGUUUUUUGUUUAGAUGAAUAUUGUCUGAUCCCAUCACCCAGGUCUGUGUCCUUUUUUUGUACGGUGAAUGCAAGUGAAUUAUGACGGAAAAACCUAUACUUUGAACAGCUUCGUACAUUUAAAACUGACACAUCAUUACUUUGCAACAUCAGCAGCGACAAUCUGUUGCAGCCACAUGUGACUUUGCAGAUAUUUUUAUUUAUUUUUGCAAAAGGCUGAUUUAAAUGGUUCUACUGCAAUACCAACACUAAAGCAUCAUCAUUAUGUGAACAUUUUCUUCUUAUUGCCUAUAUUUCUCUCUAAUAAGUGUCAAUUUCCAGUAUUUAAAGCUUUGUAAAAUUAGGCAUUGAAAUUAGCUGUGAAGCAGUAGCAAUUGCUGAGGGACAAAGAGGUCAAACCAGGAACAAGGCAAAACAUGGCAUCACCAUGAAAUGAGUGCAUCAUCUAAGCAAAAUGCCUCAUUUCCUGUUGCAGCAGGUCACUUAUGCAUGUCUCUGCUCACAACUUUAUCUCGGCUUUAGACAUUUCAACAGUUUAUGAACAACUAAAAAUAUUCCAAGUGCCUUUUUUGAUAAAGAUAUACAUAUAUAAAUGUGAAGUAUGUACACUGGUGUGUACAUAUAUAUCUAUACAAAUAUAUACAUAUAUAAAGUGUUUUGGGGAACAAAACUUAAGACGAAUAAUUCAUUGGGUUGCAUCCUCUUUGUCUUUCACUGCACUAUCAUUGAAAAUCAAAUGUGUACGCUUUUGUAGAAUUCAUAGAAACGCCGUGCAUUUUGUAAUAACAGUGUGAAAACGAAUAUCUAAACGUGUAAGAUUUGUGUAGAAAAUUUUCCCAUUGUUACAAUUCAGUGUUGUGAUAGAAAGGUUCAAUUUUUGUGGCAGCUAUAUUUUUUAGUUGAAAGCUUUUUCAGAUAGAUAUGACAGAUUGAUAUAAAUUUAUGUACCCAUGAUGCCUACAUCAUAAUUUUUUACUUCAUUGAUUUUAUAAGCAAUGAGAAAAUUUACAGAUACAUCAGCCUAAAAUUAUUUUAACUGACAUUCUGAACAACAAACAUUUACAAAGAACAACACUGUAAGUAACCAUCUACUCAAAUAUUCCUGGAAUUCUGUGUGAUGGACUGAUUGAUAGCGGUGGAUUAGGUGGAAGUUACCAUUUCAUUUACUUUUCAAACAAAACAGCACACAAAACUUUAUUCAAAUAAAUUCCUUCAUAUUAUUUCCAUCACAACACCAAAAUAUGCACUUAAGUGAAAAUUUGUUUCAUUCAAUGUUUCCAAAAGGAAAAAAUUCUCACAUCUGAGUUUGUUAAUCAUCAUAUGACAAUAGAUUCUUUCACACAUUCAUAAGGAUAUUGUCUUAUUUGUAGACCUUAACUGGUCAUGACUUGGCUUGAAUUUUGGUUUAAGAUUAUUCAGAAUGACUCCAUACCUGAUUGCAAAUGGUUUCAUUCUUGUAUAUUUUUCCUGUUACUUCUUAAUUUCAUGUACUCUGUCUUAGUUGUGCCUGUACAUUUUUGCAAAUAUUGUAAAAAGCAUGAGCAAGUCUUAUGUAAAAAAAAAAAGAAGAAGAUUCAGUUUCUGUAUGAUUCAUUUAGGUGAACUGUUUUAUGUAUAGAGUGAUGUAUUUCGAUCUUAAGGUAGUUGUUUCAGUUAUUGUCAUACCUGAUAAUAGUCCUGUGAAACAAGAUUGGCAUUGUUUCGAUCACUUAUAACCCGUUUUCUUUCUGUCGGUUGUGAAAAUUACAUGUUUUUGUUCAUAUGCUAUGACAUUUAAGUUCUUAUUUAAAACACUAAAUAUCUGUCUUUGAAAAGUGGGUAAAUAUAUGUUUUUGCACAACGAGCUUAACAAAAAAUGGACAUGCUGAAGAAUACUCCAUCAAACAGGGCAUUCAAAACGAAACCAUCAAUGAAAGUAACAAAGUUAUUAACAAUGAAACAGGAACUCGCUGCUCUUAUGGCUUCUCAGAAAUUACACAGAAACAGAAAUAUUUUGUCUGCAAUGUGCAAUUAUCUAUUGUCUGCAGAAUAAAAUGGUACAAUGAAUAUAGAACAUUAACAAAAACUAUAUAUAUAUCUAUGUCUCUGUAAGAGCAUUUUGAAAUGACAUUGGACUUCACAGAAAUGAUUCAACCAUGUUCUCCAUCGAACUACAGCAAAUUUGUAUGACAAUGUUCAAGAGAGUUGUUUUAUUGUUAUUGUUAUUGGGAUCUGUUAUGCAAAUUUUAUGUUUACAGUGUAUAAAAUUUGUGUUAUACUUUCAUCAAAAUUAUUAAUGCAGCAGGCACAAAUAUCUGAUCAGUACAGUUCAGAUUUUGCUGGGAGUAGAAAGAGAGAAACCUAACUUUUUGAUUGGAAAACUACGUGAUCCCUGAAUAAUAUGUGCUUAAUACUUUCAAUAUGUUUUUUUAUUUGCAACAUACAUAACAUACAGAUAUAUAUAUACACAAACAUACAUAAAAUAUAUAUACCUAUAGAUAUGUACCAAAAUAUGAGGUU